ACUCUCGCGCCCUCGCCAUUGUUUACAUUGACGUUUCCCACUGACGUUUGACGAUUUGUUUGCCUCGUAAUGCCUCGUUUAAAUUCAUGAAACUAAAUUGAAUAAGUGGAGUGAAUUACAAUUCCUACCAUGAAAUAAUUCGUUUAAUUAAGCCCGAAUCCUCCCCGUGUCGCAAACCCCAAGCGAGGCAAGUGCCAUCAACCACUAAUUAUCAAUAAUCUUAGUCAUUUUUCCCCACAAUCUUUGAUAAAAAGUUAUCGCAAUGUCGAGUGUAAAUAUUUAAGCGAUGCCAUGUAUGGGUUAAAAGCGUCCAAGGGACUCUUCUUCAUCCUGCUCUUCAACUCGGCUUUAGGCGAAUCGUGCGACCCCACCGCCCUGCCUUCGCAAUGCCCCGACUCGCAACUGUGCGACGAGGCCACGCGCACGUGCCAGUGCGCCCCCGGCUUCACGCGCAACGCCUCGGCCUGCGCCCCCCUGGCGCCCACGACCCCCAACACCUCAAGCCUUGUUGCGGGCCACCACAGCGGCCCCAUCGUCGCCGGAAUUCUCAUUCCACUGGUUUUAAUACUCCUUGUGAUAUACGCCAUUUACAUUAGUAGGAAGUACAAGUUAGUAACGUGGUUGCAGAGGAAAAUACACCAAAGAAACAACAACUACGACGAGUUCAUGAUCGGGCAAGAGGACGACGACCCGCCCCUGCGCUAAUCACCCAUUUUGUGCCAUUUCUCGCUCUCACAGCCCCCCUGAUUAAUGGAGCUUGUUGUGUUACCAUAGUUACCAGUCAGUAACUGUGGAAACACAUAAGUCAAGUCACCACUGGCAGGACGUAACCAGCCAGGUGACUGAAAAUCACGGAGGCUGUGUCCUCUUAUUAUACCAAAGCUGAACACUUUGUAAUCUAAUAAAACUAAUUUAUUACUCA